CAAGAGCUAGGGUUUCGAAGCUCAGAACUUUGAUAUCGGGGUCCAGAGAGCCAAUUCUUUGAUACAAGUCUAGGGUUUUGAAGCUCCGAGAAUCGAACAUCGAUUCAGCUUACUCAUUCAUCAAAUUCUAGGGGUUUUGAGGAUCUGAGAAUUUAUACCCGAGUUCGGAGAUUUAUUUGUUCCUAGUUUUGAAGCUCUGCGUUUUCGUCAAUGGGGAAGAGGAAGGAGCGGCGUAUUGCCGCCUUAGCGGCCGGUCGUAGGGUAAAGCUUGACCUUUUUGCGGAACCCUCUGGAGAGAUGGUAGGAUCCUCUUUAAAUGAUGAAGCUGGAGUUGUUCAUGAACAAUCUCAUCUUGCUGGGGACCCUAAUUCACCAUCUUCUUCAGGUCAUCGCCUGGAAAACCCUUUGUUGUUGCUUGGGCAAUACAGUGAUGAGGACGUGGAUGAGAAAGAAAGUGAGAAAACUACAGAGGCAAAUAAGGAUAUUGGGGAAUCUGGGAAAGAUGAGGUUGUGGAAAACCUUGCUGAUGAAAAAGAUGGUGAUCUGGACCCUCAACGUGGGGAAAAUGGUGUUGUUCUUGAUGAUGACAAAGAUAACAUAAACGCGGCAUCAGAUGCACUUAUUGAUCGCUAUAAUUCAGACGAGAAUGAUGUAUCUGAAAGUGGAAAGAUUGACACGUUUGAACGUUCUUCUGGAACUGUUGCACAAUCUAUCGCUUUUAUUGACUCUGGGGCUUCUGGGGCACACAAUUUGGAGGAAACUGAAUGGAGAAGUGUGUUGGAUGACGAGAGCGGUCGGUAUUAUUACUGGAAUGUGAAUACUGGGGAAACUGCAUGGGAGCUACCUGACUUUCUAGUUCAGAGAAAUGAUUUGAAUGUUUCAACUUUCAGCGAUAAUAUAGGAACAGCUUCUGUGAAUUCAAACCAGGAACAUAGUGUAGAACCAGGAAUUAAUGUUACUGAGCAUCUUGGGCCUGUUGCAAAACUGCAGACCAAUGGGGUAAACAUUGAAGAUGGGUCACAUAAUAAGGAAAUGGUUGGCAAUGAGGUUCAUAAACUUGAAGGAAAAGAACAUGAGUCUCUGCAAGUUCCUGCCCAGGAUGCAGUGGUCAUGAAACAUUCUUCAGUGAAUGAAAUGGUUGGCUUGCAACCAAAAAGUGAAGGGAAUUCUGAGUUUAAGGAACCUCUAGAUGGAGUGGGACGGGUCCAUAUGGGAAUCAACUAUGAAACCAAGGAUGAACAUGAGACUUCCACUGAAGACAAUGAAUUAAGCAUCAUUGAUCCUGCUGAGCUUGUCAGAUUUUGUGAGAAAUUGUUACAAAGAUUGAAGGCUUUGGAUGGGUGUGACAGUGAUCAUCAAGGACCGAGCAGACGAUUGAAACAUGUUUUAGAAGUCAAGUUGAGGCUUUCUGAUUGCAUGGCACUUGCACCUUGUGGAUUGACUCUAUUGCCAUUUUGGUUGCACACUGAAACACAGCUUCAGCAAAUCGAAGCUCAAUUAUCUGAAGAUGAAGCAUCCUUUUCCAAAGCAGAAUGCCCAACCUUGCAAAUCUCAGCUAAUGAACAUGAUGAUGUCUCACUGCAGAAACAAGAAGUAGAAACUGAAACCGAUGGGAGACGCAAUGGGACACUCGUUAACACAGUUGACAAAUCUUCUCCUCCUUCUGAUGCAACUGAAGAUUCAGUUCACUUAGAAACACUCCACUAUUCUCCUCAUCAUAAUGAUGCCUUUGAAUCAAAAGAUAAUCUACCUUCUGGGUCCAUUUCUGGAUUGGCUUAUGAAAGUGGAUUGGAGGGAAAUUUGGGUAUUCUGAAUGUAAAGACUACUGAGAGUACCAUUGUCUCCUCUUCUCUUCCUUUAAUUGAGAAAGGUGGUUUAGAAGAGGUACCUGAGUCUCUGGUUCCAAGGACCGAGGCUAAUGUUGGAAGAAUCAUGACACUGGAGGUGGGUUCUGUGGAAGACGUAGAUAUGGAUGUAGACAUGGAGGUUGAUGAUGGAAUCACUACUAAUCCUCUAACUGUUGAAAGCGAAUCUUUAAAAGAAUAUUGUGCCUCAUCUAUGGAUCCUGAUCACCCAAGCUCCCCGGCAUUGGAACCUUCAAAUUUUACAUACUCUGCGCCUCUUCCUACAGAUGAGGAAUGGAUUCCUCCACCUCCUCCAGAUAAUGAACUCAUUCCUCCUCCACCACCUGAUGAGCCAGCUCCACCUUUACCCACAUCACCAGCUCAUGAAACUGUGGCUCCUUCUCCUCCUUACCCAGUACAAUAUACAUCAUACACCGCGCCAACCUUUGAAUACUACCCAGCAAUCACUGAAACUGCUACUGCUAACUAUUAUGUUCAUCCUGAUUCAAGUCAGAUUCUUGAAGCCCAAGUACCUUAUUAUGAAUCAGUAGCUAAUGCCUAUCCAGCUCCCGCUUUAGUAUUAAGUAACCCAGUGGAACCUGUUUCUUAUUAUGGGAUUGCAAAUGGAAUAGUUCAGACUGCACCUAUAAUUAGCAGCUUCGAGACUUCUGCUUACUAUAGUGAACCGAGUCAACUUAGUCAAGUUGGUUAUGUUGAGAAUUCAUGUGCUACUAGUGUUAUCCCAGAAGUUGCAUCUAGUUCCUCGGUGAACUCAGAUGUUGCUGGACAUUCUAGCGGUGAAAGGGAGACAAAGUCAGUAAAAGUUGCAUCCAGUUUGGAAUCCAUUCAAGCUACAGUUGCCAUUUCACCUAGCGAUACGACUGUGGUCGCAUCUGCUGCUGUUGCUAAAAAUCCUUCUAAAGUUGUUCGCGGUAAAAAGCGAACUAUUGCUGUUGCACCAACUCUGAGAGCGAACAAGAAGGUCUCUACAUUAGUGGAUAAGUGGAAGGCCGCUAAGGAGGAGUUGCAAGAAGAAGGUGAGGAAGAUGAACUUGAAAAUGCUUAUGAACUUUUCGAAAAGAAGCGUCAGAAGGAGAUAGAGAAAUGGCGUAUGAAACAAAUUGCUAGUGGAGAAGCUAAGGAUAAUGCUAAUUUUCAGCCUCUGGGUGGUGAUUGGAGAGCGAGGGUUAAACGUAAGAGAAUGGCUGCAGCAAGUGAUGCAGGUCAAACACAGGCCAUGGAACCUGAGGCCACAUUGACAGAGAAGCAGCUGCAGCCUGAUUUGGAGGAGCUUACGAAAAGCCUCCCUUCUGAUUGGCAAGCUUAUUGGGAUGAAUCUUCAGGGCAGGUUUACUAUUGGAACAUGGCCACUUCGGAGACCACUUGGACCAGACCAACAUAAUCCAAAAGCAGGAUCCUUGUUGUUCCUUUUUAACUCCGGGGCAUGUACAGAGUAAAUGCUGCUCAUUUUUGAACUGUACAGGAACAGUGGAUUUUCAUUUUGAGUUGGAAGAGUGUAUCAUAUUCACAUCAACAAGACAGCUGUCUUUUUGUCUUUCUAUUUUUGGGCAUAUUUUACAUCUUUCUAAAAGUCAUGGAUUUUCUUGCUCGGA